GCUUAGAUUCAAUUUACCAAAUCGGCGCCUUUGAGCAAUAAACCCAUUUGAGAGCAUUCGUGUGCAGGAGGGUUUCUGACUCUACUUGGAAAGUUUGGGUAUAGAAUUGUCGCUGUAGAGUCUCGGGGCAAUGUCCAAGCCUGUUCCAGUUGCUUUGGGUUGUGAACCUGUCGUAGGUUCCUUAACAUCUACGAGGAAGAGGGACUACAAGGUUACGAAUCGCCUCCAAGAGGGCAAGCGCCCGUUGUACGCCGUCGUUUUCAACUUCAUUGACUCUCGCUACUUCAACGUUUUUGCUACCGUCGGUGGCAAUAGGGUUACUGUUUAUCAAUGUCUUGAAGGAGGAGUUAUAGCUGUUUUGCAAUCAUAUGUUGAUGAAGAUAAGGAUGAGUCUUUUUACACUGUUAGCUGGGCAUGUAACAUUGAUGGGACCCCAUAUGUAGUCGCUGGGGGAUUCAACGGUAUAAUCCGAGUAAUUGAUGCUGGCAGUGAGAAGAUACACAAGAGUUUUGUAGGCCAUGGGGAUUCCAUAAAUGAAAUCAGAACUCAACCAUUGAAGCCAUCACUUGUAGUGUCUGCUAGCAAAGAUGAGUCUGUUCGAUUAUGGAAUGUUCAUACGGGAAUAUGUAUUUUGAUAUUUGCUGGAGCUGGGGGUCAUCGCAAUGAAGUUCUGAGUGUAGACUUUCAUCCGUCAGACAUAUAUCGAAUUGCUAGUUGUGGCAUGGACAAUACUGUGAAGAUUUGGUCUAUGAAAGAAUUCUGGACGUAUGUAGAGAAAUCAUUUACAUGGACAGAUCUUCCUUCUAAGUUCCCCACAAAAUAUGUUCAGUUUCCUGUGUUUAUUGCUUCGGUUCAUACAAAUUAUGUUGACUGUAAUAGGUGGCUUGGUGAUUUUAUCCUCUCAAAGAGUGUUGACAACGAAAUUGUCUUGUGGGAACCCAAAGUGAAGGAACAGACUCCAGGGGAGGGCGUAGCUGACAUCCUUCAGAAGUACCCAGUUCCUGAAUGUGAUAUAUGGUUCAUCAAGUUUUCUUGUGAUUUCCAUUACAAUGCAGCUGCAAUUGGGAACAGGGAAGGGAAGAUUUUUGUUUGGGAAUUGCAGUCAAGCCCUCCUGUUCUUGUUGCGAGGUUGUCUCAUGCUCAAUCAAAAUCGCCUAUUAGACAAACUGCUAUGUCUUAUGACGGAAGCACUAUUUUGAGCUGCUGUGAGGACGGGACCAUAUGGCGUUGGGAUGCUGUUACGAAUUCCAUAACCUAGCUGGUUUUUAUGCGAUUCGAUCUUGUGAGCUCCGAAAGAGCUCCAAUUUGAAGAUUUGUUAUAACUAGUCAUCGACAAGAGGAACAUGGUUUACUUUUGCAUAGAUUAAUGCUUGUUUAGUUUUAUGUCAGAUUGCAAAACUGAUUGAGUUUAUGGUGUAACCUAACCUGUGACUUGAGUGAUAUCAGGAUAGAGUCAGAUGGUUACCGGGAUGUUGGCAUCAUGUUAAACAUGUCUCUACAUACCUCCUUGUUAAUAUUGAUCACCAAUGGAUGGAGCAGCAGAUUGCAUAUGGAAAAAUUGAAUCAAUGUAUUUUGCCGUUAUGUCUGGACCUUAAUUAUUUCAAAUCUCAAUCAUCCUUUUUAA